GGAAGAGGUGUGUUUUCAUCACGACACAAACACACACAUUCAAACAGCCUCUACAUGGCGAAAAAAACCGCACUAUAAUCUAAUUUCAGGAGAGUUAGUACAUUAAAAAGAAGAAGGAAAAGAGGGAAAGAAAAGAGUCCGACCGUUUGUGUGUGUUUGUUUUGUUGAAGCUGCUCCGCCCCCGCGAGGAAAACUUCUCCUGUUCAAAGACGGAAACUACACGAGACGUUUUUAAACCGCAGACAGAUGUCCGUGAAAACAGAGAGUCCCGUUUAAUAAGACUGCAUCCACCAAACCACUGCUGAAACAUUGAGGAGCCAGCAGGAGCAGGAUGGGGAACAGUAGCAGUGACCGGGGGUCCGGAGGGGGUCAGGGAGGGAAGGAGGCUCGACCCAACAUCCUGAUGGACAGCACGGAGGACGCAGACCUUUUCCAGAGAGAAGAUCAGAAGGCUCCACAGGAAAUACAGGAGUUUCUGGCCUGGCAGCAGGACCUGGAGACUGACAGCAAGAGUCCAACGCAGGACAGACCCACUGUGUUCAGGUGGACAGGAGCCGCUAAAGAAGUGUUUGUGUCUGGGUCUUUUAACAACUGGGCCACAAAGAUCCCCCUCAACAGAAGCCAGAAAAACUUUGUGGCGAUCGUUGACCUGCCAGAGGGAGAGCACCAGUACAAGUUCUGUGUGGACGGACAGUGGACGCUGGAUCCAACAGGAGCCGUGAUGACAGCUAAAACUGGAACAGUAAAUAAUGUCAUCAACGUGAAGACGACGGACUUUGAGGUCUUUGAUGCCCUCAGGAUUGACUCACAGGAGACUGCAGAUCUCUCAGAUUUGUCCAGUUCCCCUCCUGGCCCGUACCAACAGGACGCUUAUGUCACUAAGCCAGAAGACAAGAUCAAAAAUCCUCCCAUCCUACCUCCCCACCUGCUGCAGGUGCUGCUAAACAAGGACACAGGUGUCUCUUGUGACCCUACGCUGCUCCCAGAGCCGAACCAUGUGAUGCUUAAUCACCUGUAUGCCCUCUCCAUCAAGGACGGGGUGAUGGUUCUCAGUGCUACACACAGAUACAAAAAGAAGUAUGUGACGACUCUUCUCUACAAGCCAAUAUAACCAACACUUAUCAUCCAGACUCUUACUUUGAAUGAUUUUUCAUCUGUUGUUGUGCACAGCUGCUACUCGGAUUGUUUCAGCUUUUAAUCGUACUGUAAUUAAAUUUUUUAAAAACCUUUCUCCACUUUUAGAAUCACACACAAUGUUUAUGUAUAGCUUCGGCCUAAAGCUUGAUUCCUGAGGUUGAUGCUGUGAGAAACUCUAAAUGGCAUGACAGCAGGCAGGUGGAUGUUUUGGAUUUUUUCAUUCCUUCCUACUUUGACAUUCUUAGCGGAUAAAUUGACACCAAACGUGCUGCAUCUCUGGAAACCUACCUGAACGGAGAGUCACCUUUUGUUUAAAGCCCAAAUUGUGUCUUUACAUAAUAAAGUGACCAGCUUUUUUUAAGAGGCACUGAGUGGAAAAUACCGUGAUGUACUGGUGAGAAAAGCACAGCUGCUACUGUUUUACACAAGCUCGGCAUAUGUGAGCAAACAACCACAAGGACACAGAGCUACUGAAAUUCAACUCACUGAUGAGAUGAGAAUCUUGUUUUUUUUUUAUUACAACACCUUUUCUCCUAAAUUAAACUUUCCAAAAUCCAUUUUUUGUUGAAGAAAAUUAUGAAGAAAUUAAAGUUUUAAAGGAACAUGUCAGAAAAUC